CGGACGGGAAGAGCAAAUCCACCGCUCCCGUCGACCCAGCGCCAGCGCCAACGCCAACGCCAACGCCAACCGACCCAGCGAACCGCGGCGCCUCGCCGCGCCCUGCCUGUCCGAGCCUCCGAUCGAUCGCUUGUUCCGCCGGGCCGAAGGGAUGGCGGAGUCCGCGGCGCCCAAGGCGACGGCGGCGGCGGCGGGGAGGAAGACGCGGGUGGGGCCGUACGAGCUCGGGAAGACGAUCGGGGAGGGAAGCUUCGCCAAGGUCAAGCUCGCCCGCGACUCACGCACCGGCGCCGUCUGCGCCAUCAAGGUGCUCGACCGCAACCACGUCCUCCGACACAAGAUGGUCGAGCAGAUCAAACGGGAGAUUUCCACUAUGAAGCUAAUCAAACAUCCCAAUGUGGUCCAGUUGCAUGAGGUUAUGGCCAGCAAAACAAAGAUAUACAUGGUUCUUGAAUUUGUUGACGGAGGCGAGCUAUUUGAUAAGAUUGUCAAUUCUGGGAGGCUAAGUGAAGAUGAAGCAAGGAGAUACUUUCAUCAACUUAUAAAUGCGGUUGAUUAUUGCCAUAGUCGAGGAGUUUACCAUAGAGACCUGAAGCCAGAGAAUUUGCUUCUUGAUUCACAUGGAUCUCUUAAAGUUUCAGACUUUGGACUGAGUGCCUUUGCGCCACAAACAAAAGAGGAUGGGCUUCUGCAUACUACUUGUGGAACACCAAACUACGUUGCACCUGAGGUGCUUGCUGAUAAAGGUUAUAAUGGUAUGGCUGCUGAUGUAUGGUCCUGUGGCAUAAUCCUAUUUGUUCUUAUGGCCGGAUAUUUACCAUUCGAUGAUUCCAAUCUGAUGAGGCUGUACAAACUGAUCUGCCAGGCAAACAUUUCUUGUCCGACAUGGUUUUCUUCCGGUGCAAAGAAAUUCAUUAAGCGCAUUAUUGAUCCUAAUCCUGAUACGAGGAUAACAAUUGCAGAAAUUUUGGAAGAUGAAUGGUUCAAAAAGGACUACAAGCCACCACGUUUUGAACAAGGUGAAGAUGUUAACCUUGACGAUGUUGAUGCUGUAUUCAACGAUUCGGAGGAACAUCUUGUGGCGGAGAAAAGGGAGAAACCAGAAUCCAUGAAUGCAUUUGCUCUUAUUUCAAGAUCACAGGGCUUCAACCUUGGAAAUCUUUUUGAGAAGGAGAUGAUGGGAAUGGCAAAGCGGGAAACAUCCUUUACAUCUCAGUGUACAGCACAAGAGAUCAUGUCUAAAAUAGAGGAGGCUUGUGGACCACUUGGUUUCAAUGUGCGCAAACAAAAUUAUAAGAUGAAAUUGAAAGGUGAUAAGACUGGAAGAAAAGGCCAUUUAUCUGUAGCAACAGAGGUUUUUGAGGUUGCUCCAUCACUUCACAUGGUUGAGCUUCGUAAAACCGGAGGAGACACAUUGGAGUUUCACAAUUUCUACAAGAAUUUCUCAACAGAAUUGAAGGAUAUAGUGUGGAAAGCUGAAUCUGACACAAGUAAGAAACAGACAAAGUAAUUCCAAUGGGACCUGUGUAUCUUCUAAGGCCAUAUUGGUAGACGACCUCUUCGAGUGAUACCUUCUCUGGUAAAAGAUAGCGCCUUUUUAAUGAGUGCGAUUGUACACAGUAUGCAGAGGCCCUCCCUGGGAUGCUCCUAUAUUGUAACGGUAAUAUGGGAUGUAACAUAGGUUAUCCUGAACUUAUUUUUUUGUUUGUCACCAGGGCUGAGUGUGCCUUUAUUCAAGGUAAUAGCUAAUGAUGAACAAUGAUGUGAGAAUGCUAACCGUGCAAUUGCAGACAC